AUGAGUUGCACACGGGAUCGUAGCGGUUAUUGUCCACCGGAGUACACGAAUGCCUCAGUCGGAAUCGGCGUCGUCGCUGUAUCGUACGAUCUGUUUGUGGCGAUACUCUCUAGAAGAGAAGCACACGGGGAUCGUACUUAUUCACGUUCGUUCGGACCCACUCAGAUGCCGUGGGUCGGAGACAGCUCCGUCGUCGGACCGUACGAUCAAAACUGUGGCGAUGCUCAAAAUGAGUUGCACACGGGAUUGUAG